AUGCCUGCACCAACCGAAGUUCAAUCUGCUACACUGAAAAAGUUUCUCCAAGGAUGGGAGACGAUUACUGCCGAAUCCUGGACCGGACUCUGGUCCGAUAACUGUACCCAGCAGUUUUUACCCUUUUCGCUAGGCUUGCCACCAAAAUCCCGAGAAGAGGUGCUACAGACAUUACCCAAGCUCUUAAGUGUCCUUAGGGAUUGGAAGUUGGACAUUCACCACGUCGUGCACGAUCCUGCCCAUAGCAAGGCUGCAAUCUAUGCGACCUCUACAGCAAACACGAUCUUUGGGGAUUUCAAAUGGAAUAAUGACUACGCCAUAUUCGUUAUGCUCACAGAGGAUGGGAGACAAAUAGACAGGAUCCAAGAGAUGGUGGAUACCGCAUUCUUUGGGGAGUUCUCGUCCCGGUUCCAAAAAUACAUGAGCCAACAAGGAGCCCCACCGUAG